AUGGCGGACAUCUCUCUAUCCAGCGCCCCGGAGGAAGAGGUCCUGGAGGGAGUACCCGCCCAGGAUAUUGUCACUGAUGAGAAGAAAACCCCAGUUGUGGGCCUGAAUAGCGAGGGCUUGACUGAAAAGUCAUCUCUCAAUGACGGAAAUGGCGACCUGGAGGGGUUGACAGAGGAGGUGAUCCACCAUCCUGCCGACACGAACGACAUCUUGAGGCACACGAUUCACCUGGAAGAUGAUCCAACUCUCAAUGCCCUUACCUUCAGAACGUGGUUCAUAGGUUGCGGUCUGUCCGUCUUCGGUGGAGUCAUUUCCGCAAUCUACUAUUUCAAGCCGCAAACCGUCCUCGUGUCCACCGUUUUCUUAGCGGUACUUGCGUACUUGCUCGGAGAAGGAUUGUCAUUGAUCAUUCCACGCCGUGGCAUCAUCGGUCGGUGGCUGAAUCCUCAUCCGUUCAAUGUCAAGGAGCACGUCGCGAUCGUCGUCAUGGCCAAUUCUGCGAGUAUUGCCGCCUUGGGAAUUGAACUGCUAGCUGUGGAAGGCUAUACUACAAUACCAAUCCCAACGGUGGGGUGUCGAUUUUCUUGCUAUUCUCUUCACAAUUCCUGGGAGAUCGUCCCGGAGUGGAUCAUGCCACUUCUGACUGGAGUCAGCAUUUUCUGCCUUGCCGACCAGCAUAGCGCAGUAUUCACAAACAUCUUUGGCGGUUCUAGUGGCAACGAAGGCCUGGGCCUCUUCUCUCUGUGUCUAGACUGGCAAUACAUUUCCGGCGGAGAUUCUCCCUUGUUUUAUCCUUUGGAUAGUCUGAUCAGUCAAGGCAUUGGUGUCUGUCUUUGCAUGAUUGUUUUCGUGGGCGUUUACUACGGCAAUGUUUGGGAUGCGCAGAACUUUCCCUUUUUGUCCCAGGUACUCUUUGCAGAAGGAUCAAACAGCACAAACUACAUCCAGUGGAAUCAAACCGCUGUUAUUGGAGCGAAUAAUGUAGUUGACCCCGAGGCAUUGGCUGCAGAGGGUCUACCUUAUUUUGCCGCCACAUACGUUGUCAAUAUUCUAGCCUCUAACAUGGCUAUUACUGCCGGCAUCGUCCACAUAUGUCUUUACUUUUGGAACGAUAUAAAAGACACCGUACUAGCUCUCGACCCGAGGAGAAUUUGGCCAAAACUGAAUCCCAGGCGCUGGAAUCUUGAUUUCUUCCGCAAGGGAUCUGUUCCCGACCCGAUGGAAGACCACUACGACCCGCACUAUGAACUUAUGCUCAAAUACAAGGCCGUCCCUGGCUGGUGGUAUGCUGGCGUGCUUUUGCUGUCCAUGGUGGUUGCCCUGGUCUGUAUCUAUACUGCGAAUUCGACACUACCAUGGUGGGGAUUCUUCGUCGCUUGCCUCGUGGCUACUGUUCUGCUAUUGACCUUUGGAGCAAUGCAAGCCAUCACGGGCAUUGGAUUCAUCAUUCAACCGUUUGUUCAGCUCAUAGGAGGAUACAUUCAGCCCGGAAACCCGGUUGCCAAUAUGUAUUUCGUCCUUUUUGGAUAUAAUUCUGUUACCCAGGGACAGCUUUUGUUGACUGACAUGAAGCUGGCGCAAUAUGGUCACUUGGCUCCUCGAGUCACUUUCUCCAUGCAAAUGAUAGGGACUGCGAUCGGGGCAGUUUUCAACUAUAUUAUGAUGAACAGUAUUGUCACCAACCAGCGGGAAGUUCUCCUCUCUAUCGAAGGAACAAACGUUUGGUCUGGCCAGCAGCCGCAGAGUUAUAACUCCUUGGCCGUCGCCUGGGGUGGUAUGCCACACCAGCUUUUCUCUGUCGGAGGGCGUUACCAAUGGUGUACGCUUGCCAUAAUUCUCGGAUUCGUCGCACCUCUACCAUUCUAUUUCUUGCACCGCAAGUUCCCGAAGUGGGGAUUUGACGCCAUCAACACUCCCAUCCUUAUCUACUUCAUUGCCUACCUUUGCGUCGGAAUCAACUCAUCAUUAAUGUCGUUCUUCAUCGUCGGAUUCACCUCCCAGUACUACGUGCGGAGGUAUCACCCGAACCUGUUCGUCAAGUAUAACUAUCUUGUUUCGGCCGCACUGGAUGGUGGAGCAUCGGUAAUCGUCUUCAUCAUGUCGUUUGCCUUGUUCGGCGCUGCUGGAAACGAGGUAAAUUUCCCAACGUACUGGGGCAACAACAUGAACGGAAACUUUGACCUCUGUCUGUAUACGGAUUGA